UCUUCCUGACUGUGGUUCUCGGAAUCAGCACUCGAUUAACUGGCCUCUCCGAACAGGAAGUGACAGAAUACACGUGUGGAAAGGAGCAUAGCUUGUGGGAAAUUACUGUUUUGUUUGCAGACAUAGAAAUUGCCACUUGUGCGUCGGGUUUGUUAAAGUGUAAACUAGUUUUUAAACAUCCUCCAGCCGAUCUUUAUCCACGCUGAUUACAGUAAAUGGCGGAGUGUGUAAAUGACAGUGAUGCUGAGAGCCCGAUAAAUUACGGAGAUUAUGUAGUGCUGAAGAGAGGAGAUGUCUUCAAAUCAGUGCAGGUCGAAAAUAAAAAGAAAGUAAUCUUUGAGAAGCAGUGGUUCUUCUUGGACAAUGCAGUUGGGCAGUUGUAUGGGACCAUGUUUGAAAUCGAAGCCGGCGGUUCACUCAAACCCAAGGCAGUAAAACGUGCAGGAGACUCUUUAGAUUCUAAGGAAGCAGGCCAGGAUAACAGACAUAUAGUGGAUGAUGGCAGAUCUCAAAAACUGACCAGAGAUGAUAUUGAAACACUGAAAGAGCAAGGGUUAAAGGGGCAGGAGAUUGUUCAGCAGCUCAUAGACAACAGUACAACAUUCAAGGACAAAACUGAAUUUGCUCAAGCGAAAUACAUCAAGAAGAAAAAGAAAAAGUAUGAGAGUGACAUAACAGUCCUGAAACCCUCCACUCGACUCCUUGCCAUGAUGUACCACGGCAGAGAACCAGGAAAAAUAUGUCACCUGCGGUACGACACAUUGGCUCAGAUAUUGACUCUGGGUAACAUCCACGCUGGCAGUAAAAUCAUUGUUUUUGAGACCUGUGCUGGUCUUGUGUUGGGCUCAGUGAUGGAGAGAAUGGGAGGUUUCGGCUCAGUGAUUCAGAUGUAUCCCGGAGGAGGGCCAACGAGAGCUGGCAUGGAGAGCUUCGGCUUUCCGUCACACUUCCACGAGACGCUGCAUGAGUUCCCUUUAUGCAAAGUUAACGCUCUGCUGGCAGGAACCCUGGAUUUGUCAGAGAAGGACACAGAUUCGCAGGCUAAUGGCAGCAGGAUCGCUGAAUCUGACUCCUCUCAGGAAACCUCAGGUGUGUCUGAGGAGAAGAACUCAGAACCUCAGAGUAUGGAGGUCAGCGUCGACCCGCAAGAAGAAAUGAAGAGAGCAGAGAGAGAAAAACUGCGAGAACAGAGGGCUCAAGAGAAAAAGUUGAAGAUGGAGGAGAAGAGGAAGAAGUUGGCCUCAGCUGCUGCUCUGUUGGAGGGAAGAAAUGCAGAUGGGUUGGUGAUUGCUAGUCGGUUCCACCCCUGUCCCGUGUUAAUGGGUCUGCUGAAGUUCGUAGCACCAUCACGACCGUUCGUAGUGUACUGCCAGUACAGAGAGCCUCUGAUUGAGUGCUACACAAAGCUCAGGGAACAGGGAGGAGCAAUCAGUCUCAGAUUAACAGAUUCCUGGCUCAGGCAUUACCAGGUGUUGCCCAACCGGACUCAUCCAGUGCUGCUCAUGAGUGGAGGUGGAGGGUAUCUGCUGUCCGGAACCACGGUCGCUACAGACGCUGCCAAAGCUCGAAAUCAGCACAAAUCAGAGGAGCCUGCCGCCAAGAGGCUGAAACUGGAUGAGAUUAGUUCAUCAUGUGACAGCUCUGCCAAGGCAAUUAGUGUAGUUUAACUUAUUUAUGUGAGAAGAAACCAAAUCAGUGUUGACUCACACAUUUAGGCAGCGCUUUAUUCUCUGUAUGGUUGCACGACUUUAUUAUUCAAAGUCUGUUAUCUUUUGUUUGUUUGGUUUUUUUUUUGCCAAGAUUUGCAUUUAAGAGCUACGGAAUGUUCCUAUCAUUGUUAUUUAUUUUUUUAGCAACAUGUGGGGGAAGUAAAAGAUGCAUUUUUUUUUUCUUCUCCAUCCUCUACACUUGGCAAAUAACCAAAUUUUGCCUACAAAACAAAGCUUAGUCAAUCAUUGCUGAAGUAAACUGUAUAUUUAUCGGUUUUUAAUAAUGUUCAAAAGGCUUCCAGCAUCAAAACACAAAUAACUGCAUCCAUCAGCUUUGGUCCCAUAGUUACACGUUUUAUUAAAUGCAAACAAUGCAGGGGUUCUGUUGAAGGCCAUAAAGAACAACAGCAAUUUUUAAACACACACCGCGUCUUUCACGUAGCAUGCUCUUAAAUGCAGUCAAUAGUACAUGGGCAUUUUGUUUUUGUUAUUUUAGAUUAUGUAAUAAAGAGAAAUAAUUCACAUGA